UGAGCUUGCUUUUGAUGCCAAUCAUAUCGGAAGCGACAUGCUCCAAAGCAGAACCCUAUUGCUCCAAAUACUUCCCCACUAACACUUCUCUGACUGAAAACGUUAUGAUGCAGCCUGAAACCUGCCUCCAGACGACUGAGUCCUUCCCCUUUGUCGCUGGAAAUGGAGUCGCCAACGUCGGAAUGUACGGCGUUCAGGCGAAUUACGAUUUCCCGCCCACCCACAGCCUUUGUACUUCCCCCUUCUAUUCUCGCCAGGAGAUGCCGGCAGGAAGUACAGACAUUCGACUGGCGCAGGCGCAGGCUCCGGCUCAGGCCCGAGCCAUCGCGGCCUCCAAGAAUCACAAGGAAGCCGAGCGACGCCGCCGCGAGAGAAUCAAUUCGCAUCUCAACAAGCUCCGAAGCCUCCUUUCCUGCAAUUCCAAGACGGACAAAGCUUCGCUGCUCGCGAAGGCGGUUCAGCGUCUGAAGGAGCUGAAGCAACAGUCGUCGGAGCUGGCCGACCUCGAGGCGAUUCCGUCGGAGACCGACGAGAUCUCCGUCCAAUCACACGGCCGCCGAAGCAACGACGGGAGAUCGUUAAUGAAGGUGUCUUUGAGCUGCGAGGACCGCUCGGAUCUGAUCCCGGAGCUGAUAGAAACGCUGAGAUCGCUGCGAAUGAAUCCUCUGCGAGCUGAAAUAGCAACGCUGGGAGGAAGAACGCGAAGCGUUUUGAUCGUCGCAGGGGAGAGUGACGACGACGAUGAAUUGAGUGAGUUCUUGAGAGAGGGGUUGAAAUCUCUGCUGCAUCGAUCACCGAGUUCCGAUCUGAGAGAUCGGAACAAGAGGCGACGUGCCUUCGAUUGCAGCUAAAACCUAAACCAUAGCUUUGUUAGCCAUUCAUGUGAUUUUCUUCUUUCCAUGUAUUAUAAUGCCGUGUGAGAUAUGUAUAAACUUGCGUGAUCUAGAGGCGAAUAUACCUUAUUAUCAACCUGGGGGAGGAUAUGAUUUGGGUUUUGUAACGUUUUAAGUUAUUGUUCAUGUUUAACUAUAUGUAUGUAUAUAAUGUUGAAUCUUGAGGUAAAUGGAGGUAACUGGUUUUGUGAAACCCCCCUCUUAAUACA